UCCCUCCCUUCCUCCUUCCCUCUCCCCCUACGAGCCCGGCCCGCCCUCGCUCUCUCGGAGCUCAGGCAGCACCCAGAAAGCCGCCCAGUCGAGCGCAGGAAGGCAGGCAGCAGCAGCAGCAGCACCAGCAGCAUAGGCGAGCCAGAGCGUUACUACCUCUGGCGCCACAAGGCGUAAGGCACACGGACACCGACCCGCCGCCAUGACCCACUUCAACAAGGGCCCCUCGUACGGGCUCUCGGCCGAGGUCAAGAACAAGAUUGCUUUGAAAUAUGAUCCACAGAUAGAGGAAGAUCUCCGCAACUGGAUUGAAGAAGUUACUGGCAUGAGCAUUGGAGCCAACUUUCAAUUGGGUUUAAAGGAUGGCAUCAUACUGUGCGAGCUUAUCAACAAACUUCACCCAGGAUCAGUAAAGAAAAUCAAUCAAUCCAAACUAAACUGGCAUCAGCUGGAGAACAUUGGGAAUUUUAUAAAGGCCAUACAACAAUAUGGCAUGAAACCACAUGAUAUAUUUGAAGCAAAUGAUCUCUUUGAAAACGGAAAUAUGACCCAGGUUCAGACAUCACUGGUGGCACUAGCAGGUCUGGCAAAAACCAAAGGCUUUCAUACUACAAUCGAUAUUGGUGUCAAAUACGCAGAAAAGCAAGCAAGAAGUUUUGAUGCAGGAAAACUGAAGGCUGGACAAAGUGUGAUUGGUUUGCAGAUGGGAACCAAUAAAUGUGCCAGCCAGGCAGGCAUGACUGCCUAUGGGACUAGGAGACAUCUCUAUGAUCCAAAGAUGCAAACUGAUAAACCAUUUGACCAGACAACAAUAAGCCUGCAGAUGGGUACUAACAAAGGGGCUAGUCAGGCAGGGAUGCUUGCACCAGGUACAAGACGAGACAUUUAUGACCAGAAGCUCACAUUACAACCCAUGGACAACACCACUAUUUCACUACAAAUGGGCACCAACAAAGUGGCUUCCCAGAAAGGGAUGAGCGUUUAUGGGCUUGGACGGCAAGUAUAUGAUCCAAAGUAUUGUGCUGCACCAACAGAACCUGUCAUUCAUAAUGGAAGUCAAGGAACAGGAACUAAUGGGUCAGAAAUCAGCGAUAGCGAUUAUCAGGCAGAAUAUCCAGAUGACUAUCACGGCGAAUACCAAGAUGAGUAUCAGAGAGAUUAUCACGGUCAGUACAGUGACCAGGGCAUUGAUUAUUAGAUUUGCCUCAAAAGCUCAGUAUUAGUUUAUUAUUUUAUUCAGUAAAGAACGAAACUAGCCUUGUGGAAUUGUUACCCGUCUUUACACAUUAUGCUUCAUGUACCUAAGGAAAUAAUUGCCUUACAUAACAUUCCUUUUUCCUUUCUCUGCCCUUUCCUUCUCUAGUUGCCUUUAGUGCUGUAACAGUUGCAGUCUACAGCAUAACAAUAACUGCAUAUGAAGUAAAAAGGAAUACUGUGAAAGGGGGAGUUCUCUUAUACAGCCAAGUCUUUUAAUAAUAAAAACUAUGCAUUUUUUUACAACCUUGUUCUGAAAUGAGCAUUUUACAUACUAUAUCAGCCCUUUCCUUUUUUAAAAAUGUUUUUAUUUACAGUUCCAUUAUGUGGAAAACUGUAAGACUUAAUUGUGGACCAUGCCACAAAAACUGAGGUUGUGGCUUAUUACCUGCAAGAUUUCUGUCUGUUCAUAAGUACUUGCUUGCUAACCUCUAAACUCACAGUAGACAUAAUAAAUGUGCAUUUGUGAUUGUGUGUGUUCCAUUCCAAUAUCUAAAUUGACCAAGCUUAUAGAAAAAGAGCUGUCUUGCUUAAAAAGGGAGCUUGUAUAAAUUCUGAGCCCACAGAAGUCUCCAUGUUUUGAUGGUGCGUUGACUUUUAUUUCCUGUGCCAUAAUGUAUCCAUGUAGAAUUGCCUUUUCUUUGAAUUGUAUUUAUUGCCACAUUUCUCAUCAUAAACCGAUCUUGUUGUAUUUUUUAUAAAUAAAUGUUUUCUUGGAGGCAUGUGAUAACUUGUGUUAUUAAAUACAAAAUUCAAAUUACAGAAAACA